GGUUCUGGGCUGUCCCUCUGGCUGGGUCGGGUACAAUGGGGUCUGCUACUACUUCUCAAGGGAUUAUGGCACCUGGGAUCAGGGUCAGGAACGGUGCUCUGAGCUCGGGGCCUCCCUGGCCAUUGUGAAGGAUGCGGAAAUGGAUUUGCUCUUCCGCCUCCGCGGGAACGUCGAUUUCUGGCUGGGGCUGCGCAGACGGGGCGAGCGCCUGCAGUGGGGGAACGGCAGCAACUUCAGCUCCUGAAUGCAGGCAUCAGUUUGCUUUCACCUGGAGGGGCGUGCAGUACUCCUGGAACCGACUGCCCCAGGGGUGGAAACACAGCCCCACCAUCUGCCAUGGACUGAUCCAGGCUGCACUGGAAAAGGGUGAGGCUCCGGAGCACCUACAGUAUAUCGAUGACAUCAUUGUGUGGGGGAACACAGCAAUGGAAGUGUUUGAGAAAGGAGAGAAGAUCAUCCACAUUCUCCUGAAAGCUGGUUUUGCCAUCAAGCAGAGCAAGGUCAAGGGACCUGCCCGAGAGAUCCAGUUCCUGGGAGUAAAGUGGCAAGAUGGACAGCAUCAGAUCCCCACUGAGGUCAUCAAUAAGAUCACCGCAAUGUCCCCACUGACCAGCAAGAAGGAAACACAAGCUUUCCUAGGCGCUAUAGGAUUCUGGAGGAUGCACAUUCCUGAGUACAGCCGGAUUGUGAGCCCUCUCUACCUGGUUACCCACAAGAAGAAGGAUUUCCACUGGGGCCCUGAACAGCAACAAGCCUUUGCCCAGAUCAAGCAGGAGAUCGCUCAUGCGGUAGCCCUUGGCCCAGUGAGGACGGGACCAGAUGUGAAGAAUGUGCUCUACUCAGCAGCUGGAAACAAUGGCCUGUCCUGGAGCCUUUGGCAGAAGGUACCAGGGGAGACUAGAGGCCAACCACUGGGAUUCUGGAGCCAAAGCUACACAGGGUCCGAAGCCAACUACACUCCAACAGAGAAGGAAAUCUUGGCCACCUAUGAAGAAGUUCAAGCUGCCUCAGAGGUGAUUGGCACAGAAGCACAACUCCUGCUGGCACCUCGACUACCGGUGCUGGGGUGGAUGUUUAAAGGAAAGGUUCCCUCCACCCAUCAUGCCACCGACGCCACGUGGAGCAAAUGGAUUGCCCUCAUCACUCAGCGCGCCCGCAUUGGAAACCCAAAUCGCCCUGGGAUUUUGGAGAUAAUUACAAACUGGCUAGAAAGUGAAAACUUUGGUCUCACAGAUGAAGAGGAGCAGGAACAAGUGACACGUGCUGAAGAGGGUCCACCAUACAACCAACUGCCAGCAGAAGAAAGACGCUAUGCUCUUUUCACUGACGGUUCCUGCCGCAUCGUAGGGAUGAACCGGAAGUGGAAAGCAGCCGUAUGGAGCCCCACACGACAGGUUGCACAAGCCACUGAAGGAGAAGGUGGGUCAAGCCAACUUGCUGAACUCAAAGCUGUUCAACUGGCCCUGGACAUUGAUAAAAGAGAGAAGUGGCCAAAGCUCUACCUCUCCACUGAUUCGUGGAUGGUGGCCAAUGCUCUGUGGGGUUGGCUGGACAGGUGGAAAAAGGCCAGUUGGCAGCGUAGGGGAAAGCCAAUCUGGGCUGCAGAUGAGUGGAAGGACAUUGCCACUCGUGUAGAGAAGCUACCUGUCAAAGUCCAUCAUGUAGAUGCCCAUGUCCCCAAGAGUCAGGCUAAUGAGGAGCACCGAAACAACGAGCCGGUAGAUCAAGCUGCAAAGAUAGAGGUGUCAAAGAUAGACUUAGAUUGGCAACACAAGGGAGAGUUGUUCCUAGCUCGAUGGGCCCAUGACGCCUCAGGCCAUCCGGGCAGAGAUGCCACCUAUAAGUGGGCACGAGACCGAGGGGUGGAUCUAACCAUGGACAGUAUUUCUCAGGUUAUCCAUGACUGUGAGACGUGUGCUACAAUCCAGCAGGCCAAGUGGGUGAAGCCCCUAUGAUAUGGCGGAUGAUUGUCCAAGUACAAGUACGGGGAAGCCUGGCAGAUUGACUACAUCACCCUUCCCCAAACCUGCCAAGGCAAGCACUAUGUGCUGACCAUGGUGGAAGCCACCACUGAAUGGUUGGAGACCUACCCUCUGCCCCACACUACUGCCCAGAACACCAUCCUGGUCCUUGAAAAGCAAAUCCUGUGGAGACAUGGUACCCCUGAGAGGAUUGAGUCUGACAACGGGACUCAUUUCAAGAACAGCCUUAUAAACACCUGGGCUAGAGAACAUGACAUUGAGUGGGUGUACCAUAUUCCUUAUCAUGCGCCAGCAGCCAGGAAAGUUGAACGAUGCAAUGGCCUGCUUAAAACCACUUUGAAGGCGCUGGGUGGGGGGACUUUCAAGAACUGGGAGAUUAAGUUAGCAUAGGCCACCUGGUUAGUGAACACUUGAGGUUCCACCAGCCGAGCAGGCCCUGCCUGUGAUAUGUGACCUAAAGUUAAUUCGUGUUAGGUACUGUGAUAUGUAGUUAAUAUGCAUUAAGUAUGGUGAUAUGUAAUAUAAAGUUAAUUCGCGUUCGGUCGGAUUUAAGCUCUGUAGAACCUAAAGUGUAUUUAGGGUUUAAAAAAAAGCUAAACUGUAAGAAGAGGACACGAGGAUUGAAAGACAAGGAGGGUCUCUGCCGGGGAAAAACCUCAGGACAACCAAAAAAACUAAAAGAAUGGGAAAGAUGAUAAGAUAGACUGUGUCUCCCCCAGAGAUAGACCUGCUAACGACUUAGUGAUUAAGAGAAGAUCGAUAUCUUAUCUGUUCCGGCCCAGUUUAACAUUUCCAAAAACCUUCUCCGGACCUGCAAUCAUGACAUUGUUCUACUCUGAGAACCUAUUCAACCGACCGGAGACCUGAACAUGAAUACCUAAUGAACCUACCGAGAAGCAAAAGCGCUAUGGUCACCGUCCACUCUCAGCAAAAGACUGUAUAAAAAUCAGCGGCUCGGGACACACUUUGUGAACAGGGUAGAUACGGAGCGAUAGAGUCCGUUUCUGCAUUCACCCAGUGCCGAAACCAGGGGUUCGACGCUGUUCCUUUUAAUUGUAGCAGUUAGAGACUGAAUGUAAGUCUCAAAAUAAAAUUCUAAAUUUUGAUUUACGGAAUUGGGCUUGUUCAUUUAUUACACUGCCCAAUCUGAGCCCCUGAGAACAAGAGAUGGAGAUAAGGUUCCAGUGGUACACAUGAGAGGAAUGCUGGGAAAACCUGUUUGGAUUAAUUCUGCCUCCAGCAAAGACAAUCCCGCUCCUGGGGUUGUUUUUGCUCAGGGACCUGGCUGCACAUGGUGGGUGAUGCAAAAAGAUGGAGAGACCCGCUGCAUACCUCAAGGGGACCUUGUUUUUCAGUGAACACUGUGACUGUGUCUGUAUUUAUAUUCACAUGUAUAUAUAUGUAUAUUAUUUAAAGGUUUAAAUUCAAUAUAAUAAUGUUGGUAUGGGAAAAAAAUUCGGGGUGGAUAAUGUUGAGGGUUAAGUUUUACUGUGGAAUUUCCCCCCCCAUAAGUUGCUAGGAGACUAAAUACUGAUAGUUAAAGGGUGCUCAGCCCAGACAAAGUAAGUUGAUUACUUAGUUUUGGGGGAGGAAAAAGGCUCCUGGGAUCCGAGGGUGGGGGUUGUUUUUUUUUCUCGGGGCUCCCAGUUUUUUCCAGGAGGAGGACAGUCAAGCGACGGGUGCCUGCGCGGAGUCCACGGUUAACGGAGGGGUUCAGUCCUGAGAAUUCUAACAUCUGUUGGAGUGCCCAGGAAUUCGGAGGUUCUUCACUGCCCUGCUGGAUUUUGGGUCAGCCUGGGUCCAGCCACUGCAGGUUCUCCGGCACUGCUCACUUCGCCUGCCAGGACACCCCCCUGCCUGCCGAGGACAAUCCACCACUUCCAGCCAUCAGCGCUGGAGUUUCCACCGUUUGCCCCUCAGGGUUCUUAGUUCUGUUUUACUAUUAUUAUAAUUGCUGUUGUUGUUUGUCUGUCCUGUUAUAGUUACUAGUAAAGGA